GAGUACUCAGUCUACGUCCGGUGGCCAGGGCUGUCGGAUGUCAGGAGAGCAGCUUUCUUGGCAGCCCGCUAUAGCGGAGAGAUAGUGCGAAGGGGGAGCUUAGGAAACUCCGAGGAUUACAGCGAUGGAGGGGGGAGCAGAGAAAGAGCCAGCGGCCUUCCCCCAGCCUUUACCUCCACCACCUCCGCUACCACCACCGCCGCCGCCCCCCCUGCAGCCCUGCUCCAGCGCGGAGAAUGAGGCGGAGAGCCGACAGGGCUCGGAGGAGAGGAGCGGGGAGAGGGCCGCACUCAACCUGCUGGAGACCUGCGGGGUGUGCCGGCAGAACAUCCAGAGCCGGAGCCCCCGCCUGCUGCCCUGCCUGCACUCCCUGUGUCUGCGCUGCCUGCCCCCACCGGAGAGAUACCUCAGCAUGCCCGCCGGGCCCCCCCAGCACAGCGCCCCGGGGCCCCCGCCCAACCCCGGCACCGUGCAGGUUGGAGUUAUCCGGUGUCCUGUAUGCAAUCAGGAGUGUGCUGAAAGAGACAUAAUAGAGAACUACUUUGUGCGUGACACUACAGAAGUCCCCAGUAGUACUGUAGAAAAGCCAUCUCAGCAAGUUUGUACAAGCUGUGAGGAUAACGCUGAGGCUCGUGGGUUUUGUGUGGAGUGCGUGGAAUGGCUUUGUAAAAAUUGUGUACAGGCCCAUCAAAGGGUAAAAUUUACAAAAGAUCAUACUGUGCGGCAAAAGGAAGAAGUUCCCCCAGAAGCUGUUGGAGUAACUAGCCAACGUCCUGUUUUUUGCCCUUUUCACAAGAAGGAGCAGCUGAAAUUAUACUGUGAGACUUGUGAUAAACUGACCUGCAGGGAUUGUCAGCUUCAGGAACACAAGGAGCACAGGUAUCAAUUCAUUGAAGAAGCUUUUCAAAGCCAGAAGGUGAUAAUAGAUACUUUGAUUGCAAAGUUAAUGGAGAAGAACAAAUAUAUCAAGUUUACAGGGGACCAGAUUCAAAACAGGAUCCUCGAAGUAAACCAAAACCAAAAGCAGGUGGAACAAGAUAUAAAGGUUGCCAUUUUUACAUUAAUGGUGGAAAUCAAUAAAAAAGGCAAAGCUUUGUUACAUCAACUUGAGGCUCUAGCAAAGGAACGUCGCAUGAAGCUUUUGAAACAGCAGCAUGAAGUAGAUGGAUUUUCAAAACAACUGGAGCAUGUGGUCUAUUUCUCAAAGUGGGCUGUCUCUAGUGGCAGUAGCACAGCAUUACUGUACAGCAAACGCUUGAUUACCUUUCGUCUAAGACACCUGCUUCGUGCAAGAUGUGAUGUUACCCCAGUAACAAACACUGUGCAGUUUCACUGUGAUGCUAAUUCAUGGGCACAAAAUAUAUUCAGUCUAGGCUCUCUUGCUAUUGAAGAGGGAGACCCCUCACAGCUACCGACUCCUAUGGAGGUUCAGAGUUCUCAGGGGACACAGCCUGGCAACCAGUUGCCCAAAUUUCCAACUCAGAUCAACCUGGCACAGCUCCGCAUCCAGCAAAUGCAUCAGCAGAUCAUGGCACAGCGGCAACAAGCUCAGAAUCGACCGGCCCCUAUGGGGCUGCAGAAUCCAAAUAUGCCCCCACAUAAUCCUCGUGCCCAAGGACCCAUGCAAAACCAGCCUCACACUAAUAAUCAGAUGCAGCGGUUUGUGAAUGUUCAGAACAUGAACCCAAGAGCCAAUGGCAUGAUGCCCAAUCAACCAGUGCGAUAUCCUCACAAUCUUCAGGCUGCUCAUGAACUGCAGAAUAUGCAGCACAUGCAAAAUAUGACAAGGAGACCUGCUCCCAACCCUGUCCGUGUGGCAUUUAUGGCACAGCAUGCCAUGAAACAGUGGCAGGUCACCGGAAGCCCUGCGGUUGUAAAUUCAUCAGCCAACAACUCUACGUCCACUCCAUCCAGUCCCACCAUUACUAGUGUUGCUGGUAGUGAUCGGAAGAGUCUCUCUUCACCCAUUAUUGAUUUGGUAACUUCUGCUGCCAAUUCAUUCAACCUUCCUCCCUUGCCUGAUAUCGACAGUACUGGCAACACCAUUAUGGAUAACAUGAUGCGUAAAGAAAGCCAUGUGGACAACCAUCAUCAGAGAAUGCUGUCACACCGGACUGUACAGUCCCCUAAUUCUUCUGUGCCAUCGCCUCUAGGGUCCAUGGCUGGCAUUCAUCCACCAAUCCGUACGUCGAGUGCAUCCAGUGUUGGAAGCAGGGAAAGCUCUGGCUCUUCAGGCAAACCUACAGGAGGAGCAGAUUCAACGCAUAAGGUUCCAGUGGUCAGACUUGAGCCCAUUAGGAUUAAACCAGAGAACAGUACAGAGAAUGAGCCUUUUGAAUACCCAGUGGUAGUUGUUAAACAGGAGAACAGGCGUAGACUGCAAGCAUCCCAAAAUUCUGAAUUUUCAGGCAGCAUCUUAACAUCAAUGUUGCUAGACAACAACAGAAAUCGGAUAUCCAAGCAAGACGCUGUGUCUAGGAGGGAUGCACCAGACAGCACUGGCGACAGACAUGUUGUGCAAGAAGGUCAUUACACCGCAACAAAUGACUGGAUGUCUCAGGGGCGGGCAACAGAGGGUGGCAAAGAUGAUGAUCCUAAUGAAGAUUGGUGUGCAGUGUGCCAGAAUGGAGGGGAGUUGCUUUGCUGUGAUAAAUGUCCAAAGGUUUUCCAUAUUUCAUGCCAUGUGCCUACACUGAUGAACUUCCCCAGUGGAGAAUGGAUCUGCACCUUCUGCCGUGAUCUUUCCAGACCUGAAGUGGAUUAUGAUUGUGAUGAUCCUUCCCUCAUGGAGAAGAAAAAACUGGCAGGAAUUCAAAACAUGCCACCUAUUGAUCAACGAAAGUGCGAGAGACUUCUCUUACAUCUUUUCUGCCAUGAGAUGAGCCUUGCCUUCCAAGACCCCGUACCACUUACUGUGCCUGAUUAUUACAGAAUAAUCAAAAGACCAAUGGAUCUUUCCGCCAUAAAACGCAAACUCCAGUUAAACAGCUCACCAAACUAUUCACGUCCAGAGGAGUUUGUUAGUGAUGUCAGACUUAUCUUCAAAAACUGUAUGGAAUUUAAUGAACCAGAUUCUGAAGUGGCCAAAGCUGGUAUCAAACUAGAGGAGUACUUUGAUGGGCUUCUUGCAAAUAUUUACAAUGAUAGAAAAUUCCCUAAAACUGGGCACUACAAGGAUGAUCUUCUUGCAAGUGAGGACUCUGAUGAUGAAUUUGUGGUACCUCGAAAAAAACGCUUCAAAGUUGACGAACGCUUACUUUUCAAAUAAACUACUGCCUCCAAAGGAUUCCUGCACAUAGAACUUCAUGUAAAUAGGACAAAUUUAAUUGUUUGACAAAAUUAAAACACAAUGUAUUUUUGAAAUGUUGCAAGACUCUGCACUUAAUGUACAGCUUGGACAUAGUGCAAAGAGGUAGCACACUGCCUUCUUUGGAGAGAGCUUCAAAUGCAUUUUAACAAUUCCACAGACCUCACUUUAAUCAGCAUCGUCUGGACUUGGAUGUGACCACGCAUAACAAGCAUCCUCAGGAUAGUUUCAGUCCAUAGUGCACAACUCAAUGGCUAUUCUUACAGCUCUUCCUUAACCCCUUAAGGACACAUGACAUGUGUUACAUGUCAUGAUUCCCUUUUAUUCCAGAAGUUUGGUCCUUAAGGGGUUAAAUAUGAUUUCAAAUUUGCUUUCCCUGUCUUGUCCUAACACUUUGAUAGCCAAAGUGUAAUCCUUUUCUGACACCUGGAGGAACAAAAAGUCUUCUUGCAAAGAUAUAUCUGUAUGACGUAAAGAUCGUCUCAAAAUGCAGGUUAAUGUGUGUUUGACAAAUACAAACGCUCCUGCGGAAAGCAAAAGCUUCACAUCUACAACAGAAAUGGCGAUGGUUCUACUGUAAUUCUUCAGCCUCUGUUUUAUUUUAUCUCCAUAUUUUUAUUGCUUAUGUUGCAUACAACCAUAUAUUUGAACUUGAGCCCGCAUGUGUUGGCGGUAAUUGUGCUGAAACAGAGCUAUCAGGAAGAAGACUGAGAUUUUUUUUUUUUUUUGCCCAUCUAGGUCUAGUCUUGGGUACUUUUAGUUUGCACAAUACUCCAUGGGGAAAAGACAGAUGAGGAGUAUGCUGGUAAAAUGUUUAUUUAUCAAAAACUGACGUUUUGGGUGCUGUUCUAAUUAUUUUUACAAUGUUUUGAGUAAUCAUGCAAAUGUGUGUUUGGCAUUCCAUGUUGAACACAGGCUUUUUCCAAUUAAGAACAGUAGGAAUUGUAU